AUGACGUCCAAUCUCCCUUCCAGCUUUGCCUCGGCUGCAGCUGGUCAGAAUGCGAAUCGGGAUGCGAGGGGUGCCAGAGGAGAUGGGAGGGGACCUGCUGGAGGCGACUGGUCACGUAGAGACGGUCGAUCCGCGAAUGGCACCCUCACUCUCCGACGAUCGUCAACUACCCCCAUCGGCCAAGCUUCACAAUCAACUCCUUCUGCCGACCACGCUGUUCAGCAACCACUCCCAGUUGACACAGCCCCCGUGCUUCCCUCAAAUUUCAAGACUAGCUCCGCGCAAUACACCAGGGAUGACCUACUGGCCAUGUUUCAACCAGGAACAGCCGUUGAUGACGCAUCCCGGCUUUUCAUAUCAGGCUGGGACCCUACACACGUUAAUGGUGGUAACGUGAGGGGUUGGGGAAAGACCAACGAUAACCAUGUUCCACAAGAGCCUGGAGCAUGCUGGGAUCAAAAUGGAGAUACGGCCCCCAUGGGCUUGCGAGACCUUUCCAUCGAGGAAAAGGAGGCUUUUUCUACUGAGAUAAACUCACCCUUGAAACCACCAACACAAAACAAAGAAGGACACCAGGGAAAUGUCAACGGCCGAAAGGCUUCAGUUUCCCAAGGUUCUGGCAACGCGUUUGGAGUCAUCUCACCCUCUUCCGCUACUCGACCGGGCACGCGACGACGAGAAACCAUCGAAUCGAACCCAUUUAGUGGUGCACUCGCCUCCCCCACGGCAGCCGGACGGUAUUCCCGAGAGGAUUCCUCACCUUGGACGCAACGACGAAGCAACGAUUUGCGAGAGUCUGAGCCUGAUGACGGUGACGCAGAGGUAACUGCACGAGAAACCUCGAGCAAGCUUCCGUUUGGGAAUCUGAUUCGCUCGAAUACUGCCGGCAGUGCGGGAAUGACAUCCAUGUGGCCUUCGUCGAAUCCUGCAACCCCGGGAGGUGGCGGUUUCGGCAACUUUGCAAUGCCCUCAUCUGCAGUCGGAGACAAAAGAGUUGGUGGCGCUGCGCCUGGCGGAAGUGGUAGUCGUCUGGCUCACUUGAUUCCGAAGGAUUCUACAGAUAGUAGUGCUACUAAGCCCGGCGACUCCCAAAACCCUCCUACGCAGCAGUCCUGGCGCUCUCGCCCUCGGACUGACACUGACCCAUUUGGUGACGACGAAUUAUCUGGAAGCGCUGUGCUUGGUGGAGCGCAAGAUACGGGCAGCGCUGGACACACCCAUGCCAGCCGCGUCGGUGUUCUGGGCACUCCUGUGAAAGGCUCGACAAGUGACUUUGGAAUGUCUGGCCUCAACCUUGGGGCGCCGUCUGGGCAUGAAGGACAAGCAAGUCCGUCGGAGACUAACCCGUAUCGCAGCCCGCCUGGGGAGCGGCACGAACACGAUGAAACAGAGGCAGGCAGUGGUGAGCAGCCUCUUGGACCAGGACAUCAUGAAGCGCCAGCCAAUUUCGGUUCUAUAUCUCGUGGUUUUGGUGCGCCUAAUUUUGAGGGCAGCGACCGGAGUCAGACAUCAAGUGUGGGCGCCAAGGGUUAUCCACUAGGAAAUUUGUCUGGCUGGCCAGCUCCAGCCGGGCCGUCCUCUGGCACCCCAGACAGAGACCGUCCAAACUUUGGCAAUGCCUUUGGUAGCGCUCUCUUCAGUCCGGUCGGGGACCUUCAGUCUCCUGGUCUAUCCAACUUGGGCAACGUAUUCGGUGCACCCGGUGCUGGCAUUGGUGCUGGCAGCAUCGGCCGUGGCAGCAAACUGGGUUCUCUCUUCCCAGCGGCGAUGCAGGCUCAGAUGCAAGGCCAUGACCAGGAACACGGUAUGAGCGACACAAUACAGGGCCAUCCGUUAGGAGCAAUUGGCCGAGGCAAUUUGCAAGGGCCGGCACGCGAUACUGGAAGUCCCAUGCGACCUAAUCGCGGUGUCUUUGAGGAACUGUUCCCGUCAAGUGAUACCGGCCGAUCCCAAACCGGCUUCAGCGCGUCUGACAAUGCUCAACAAGUGGGCGCUGGAGCACCACAGUCGUUCACACCAGUCACCGGAGGUCUUCCCUUCGGCGGUGGCCAGGCCACCACGGAUCCUGCUGGAAGCCAGGUAAGGCAAAUGGUCAUGCCGGACAGGAUGCGAUGGGUGUAUCUUGAUCCUCAGGGGCAUAUGCAAGGGCCUUUCACGGGGUUGGAAAUGAACGAUUGGUACAAGGCAAAUUUCUUCACUCCAGACCUUCGGGUGAAGAAGAUUGAAGACUCUGACUUCGAGCCCCUGGGACAACUCAUACGCCGGAUUGGCAACUCGCGAGAACCCUUCCUAGUGCCUCAAAUCGGUAUUCCACACGGGCCUGCACCCCAAGGCGGACCAUUCAAUCCUACAACAGGUGGCGCUGGUGGUGUUAUUCCACCGCUAAGCGGAGUCUUCCCUAGCUUUGGAAGAACCCUGACUGCAGAGGAGCAGAACAACCUCGAGCGUAGGAAACAGGAGGAGCAGUAUAUGAUGGCUCAGCAACGGGAGUUUUUAAUGCGCCAACAGUCGAUGCCAAAGUUUCCAAUGCCAGGCCCGGGUCUCCAACAUCAUUCCAGCGCCCACAGUCUGCAGAGCCAGCCAAGCUUCGGUAGCAUGACGUCGCCUAUCGGCGGCCCUCCUCAACAACCCAUCGGCGCCGCCGCCCCGCAGCAUGGUUCCUUCCCGGAUACUCAAACCGGGGGUCAGACUGCCAGCAGAGGUGGUGCGGGAAACGGAGACCCGUUUAGAGCAGACGAAUUGGUUGGCCUGUCUGCUGCUGAGCGUGAUAUCCUUGCCACUAUGCGUGACGAAGCAACGGAAGAGCAACAGCAAGCCGCAGACCUGGGUUUUCGGGCAGGUCUUCCGGACACCGAGCAUCUCCCAGAGGACCAAGAAGGUUUUCGUGGCAGGUUGAAAGAAUUUGAGGAGCUUCGUGCUCAGCAUGACGCGGACCAGCUGGCCGACAUGAUAAGUGCGAAAGAAGCUGAAUCUGUGGUCGACGCUCUCCAGGACAGUUCCUCCACCCAGCGUCCUGCCAGAGGAGGGAAAGGCAAAAAGAAAAUGUCCGAGGACGGAACCCUGUCUCUCACGCAGCAAGUCCAGAAAGCCCAGGCUGCUGCUGCUGCCGGGAUGCAGCCUAUUGAGACCGAUAUGCCAAUGCCCUUCCCUCCUCCUUCAUCUACCACUCCUCUACCCGCACCAACCGCUCAAAGGGCACGAUCCAACCUACCUGAGCAAUAUAGCCGAUCCCAAAGCGGCACACCCGAUGCUUCUCAGCCGCCGCCCUUGGCCCCGUGGGCGAAGGAUCCCGGCCAGGAGGGGGCAAAAGGGCCAAGUCUGAAAGAGAUUCAAGAGGCGGAGGCUCGCAAGGCUGCCAAGGCUGAAGAGGCUGCGGCCGCACUCCGCAAGGCUGCCAUGGAACAGGAGGCUGCCGUGAUGCGAGAAAAGGAGAAGCAGGCUGCUGUCGCCGCUGCUGCCGGACUUCCGGCCUCUAGCACCUGGGGCCAUGGCUCACCUGUUUCCGCCUCCAGCCCGUGGACCAAGCCUGGAACGACCAAGGGACCGUCUUCCGGGCCGACAACAUCUAGCUCUGCCAGCAGUAAGAAAACAUUGGCAGAAAUUCAACGUGAGGAGGAAGUUCGCAAACAAAAGGCAAAGGAUGUAGCUGUUCAAUCUGGUGCUCCAGCCAAUAUUUCCAAGAGCUAUGCCAAUCUCGCAGGCAAACCUACUCUUAUGCCCUCCACAGCAACGCCCCCGGCCGCCAGUCCAUCUGCAGCUGGCUGGGCAACUGUUGGCGCCGGGGGCAAGGUUAAAGCACCAACCGGGCCAGCUGUUGCACAAAUGCCACGAUCCUUGAGUUCCAGCAAUGUCAAAGCUCAGGCUGUAUCCCCUGCCAAAAGCAUCAGUAAGCCAACGUCGGCCGUGGGUAGCUCCAUCGGUAAAACUGAAACAGCAAACCUGGCGAUGGAAGAAUUCAACAAGUGGACGUUGCGAGAGCUUUCCCGAGGUGGCCUCACAACUGAUGUAACCGCGUUCCAAUCCGGUUUAAAUAUGCUUCCGCUCGACGCUAGCCUCAUUGCGGAGGCGGUAUAUGGAUCCUCUACUACAAUGGACGGCAACCGCUUUGGCACGGAGUAUGUCCGACGUAAAAAGCUAGCUGAGAAAGGCGUCGUUGAGAAACAGUCUCCUGGGGAGGCUGCUAAGUCACCUUCAGCUGGGGGUGGCUGGAGCGAAGUCGCAAAGCGAAGUGGGAGCACCCAGCCAAAGGACAAUGAUGCUGGAAACAUUCAAGCUGCCGGCUUCAAGGUGGUUCCAGGCCGAAAGAAGGGCAAGAAAUAG